AUGGGCAAAUCCGACACCAGUGUCGCCGCCGAGUUCUUCAAGCUUGAGCUGCUGCUGGUCCAGACAGCAGAUGAUGCAAUCCACUGCGUCAAGACCCUCAAAGACAACCUGGCAGAAUACGACAUUCGCCACGGGCUGCACUUCACCAACACGUCCAAGUCCUUCAUGAGGGGCUUCAUCCGUGCCGCCAAGGACGCAGCGUCAGACCUCCGACUCGCGGCCGACCAGGUGGCCAAGAGCAAAUAUCUGUCCGACUGGGAGAUCGCUGCGGCCCGCAACAAGAUGAACGCAGCCUCGGACGCUAUGAAGGGGCUGAAGAAGGCGGCUCGCCUCUACGACGAGAUGAACGGCAAGCCCAUGGGCAUCACCCGCGUCAUCGACAACAUGCUGGUCGGGAAAUACGACAAAAUGAAAGGGGACGGCACUCUAGGAACUGCGGACACAGUGGAGAUAGUGGUGGAGUCGACACUCCGUGGCGAGUUCGGCGGGUUUUCAGCCUUGAAGCGCCAGAUCGCCGUAGCGGAGAAGUCUCUGUCGCCUUCACUAAUUGAACGCGCCAGAGAAGCAGUCGCGGACGUCGUGAUCAAGUUUAAGGAAAAUUCCACCUCGAAUCGAAGUGUCAGCAUUUGA